CUCUUGUCAUGUGAUUGCAUUCUGUCUCCUGUGUUGCAAGUUCAACGCUUGUUGAUGCUACGUUUGGUCGGAUAUUUUAUAUAGAAAUGGAGAGGUUUGAUAAGACUUCGCUCAAUGCUGCACCGGCCCAGGAUUUCAGAGGAAAUGAUGGCUCAUUAGUGUCUGCGCUGAAGACUCUGCUGUUCUUCACAAUCCUAAUGGUCACCUUACCCAUUGGGCUGUACUUUGCCUCCAAAGCUUACGUAUUUGAAGCUUCAAUGGGAAUGUCCAGUAAAGACAGCUACUUCUACGCUGCGAUUGUGGCAGUAGUGGCGGUCCAUGUGGUACUGGCCAUGUUUGUGUAUGUUGCUUGGAACGAAGGCUCAAGGCAGUGGAGAGAGGGGAAGCAGGACUAAGAGGUGCUUGGUUUGCUUUUCUGUGAGCACUACACUCUGGAGAAAUGACAGGCUGAGAUGACACAACAUCCGGCAGCUGGAGAAGACCAAUGCGUGACUGGGAUCUAUAGAGAUCAUUUCGGGCUGUUUCCACUGUUGGGGAUAAAAGAGAAUUCAUUGCAGUUGAUAUUGGUAAUACUAAGAAAAGGAAGGGAGGCCAGGAACUUUUAUCAUUGUAGUUUUUCCACAAUUUGAACCUUGUCAGAUGGCGACAACAUAACCCAAUUACUAUUACGCUGUACAGUGCUUUUUUGCUGACUAAACACUCUCAAACGCUUUAAAAUAAAGGAAAAUAGUUCCAAUCCAGCCAUAUAAACUUGCGGAAAUGAAUAAAAGUGACAGCACAUUUGGUGUCCAUAGAUAUUGCGUGCUCUUUGUUUGUCAUCACUUUUAACCUGUUGUAAUUGUUUUCAGAAGACGUGUUGCUCUUGUUUUGUAUUUGCCCUGACCAGCACUUUAGAAAUCGUAGAACAUAAUGAAUGUAAAAGAAUAUGGUCAGAGACUUUCUGCUUAUUAAAGAGAUUAAUGUGUGGUCACAAAUGUUUAAGUCUUGGAUUUAAAAUGCGAGAUGAUAGUAUGACUGUCAACAUACUCAGAAGAGUAAGAAAUGACCUGUUGUACACGCAGAUAUUGCCACAUUUGAAAAAUAUGUCUCACUGUGUGACAUUCUCUUUAAACUGUGAAUUUACUGAAAGCUUCUUUUUAUAUGAAUGAGAUGAAACCAUGAAAUGUGGAAAUAGCAUGUUUUGGUGCAUUGCAUAUUUCGUUAAAAUAUAGUAGCAAGUGCAGUAUGCUUGUAUUGCUGGAGAUCAUUCUUAACAAUGGGGCAAUUGAAAAAAUGUCCUUGUCAUACAAAAGAAAUUGGACACCUACUAAAUGAUGGGAUGGCGAUGAAAAGUAAGUUCAUUUUCAAGUUCAAGAAUGCUCAAUGACAAAGAAACGCACUACUGCAGAAAAAUCUAGAUCUAUUUUUCAUAGCUAUACUGACUUUCUUUGAGCUUCCUUUAAGCGUUCUGAUUGUAGAUGCGUUAAAGCUUGACAAAAGAUUUGAUGAUGGUGUGGUUAAGUCAUCAGUCUGUAAGUGACGCCUGUUCUGUCUGGACGUGGAAGUCCUUUCAGUGCCCAUCUGCUGCUCAUUUGAAGGGCACUUUUAAUUGUGCUUAACAGGGAAUGUAGAUGAGUCAGAAUCUGAAUCAUACUGGGUCCCUGAGGUUUUAUUUUAGUUGUAUCUACAAAAUUGGCACAAUGAACGUAGAUGAGCUGAGUCAGUUAUUACACCACCAUAAAAAAAAUUAAAACUAUUUAAGGCAAGGCUGCAGAAAUGGCUCAAAUAUAUAAUCCAAUUUAAAAUGAUCCUGUUAAAGACCUUUAGUUCGUACAUCAUAAUAAGCUUGUAAAGUUGCUAUGUGGUGCUUAAGAUGAUGUUGUAGGACCACCAUUGUAUUUGUAAUUUGAAUUUACUUGACAAUUUAUGAAAAAAAAAUACAUUUUAAUAUUUUUUGGUUGCCUAUAAAUUGUAAUUUCCACUGCAGAGCCCUUACUAUUGCAGAAACAACCUUCACCUUGGCAAUAUGUUACUCAUCUGUUUAAACGUACUCCCAGUGUGAAGUGAAAAUUACGAUCUCUUUAUCUGUUUUCCUGACUAGGUAACUUUCUAAGUUCGUUCUUGCUGGCCUCGGAGUUUUGUCAUGUUUUUUUCAUGCUGUGUCCUUAUCUAGUGCCAGCAAUAGUUGCAGAGGCAAGUUAUUUUUAUUGUGAAAUAUAAUUGUUCAUUUGAACUUUUUUGUGAAAUAACUGCUUCAAGGAAUUUUACUGUAGUUCAUAUUUUAUUAGACCGGUAGAAAGAAACUAGCAUGUCCAAAUAUUCUUUAAUACUUAUAGCAACAAGUGCUUGAAUUGAAAGGAUUCUAAAAUACUUCACAUAUCAUUGGUGUAGAGAUUUGAUUUAAUUUACUGGAAUGAUUAGAACUUAUUAUAGUAAAUGCAAGGUAUACCUGUAUUUCAAUCAGAACAAUGGCAGCGUACACAUACAUUUAAAAGAAUACACUAAAUGUGAAAGAGCAAUGCAUGAGUAAAUAAGUGUACAUAUAUGAGAGAGAAAUAAGAGCAAACUUCAAAGUUUUCCUAACCUGUAUUUUGUAUAUGCUAUUCGGGGUAUUCCCUGAUACUCAGUGGUGUCCACAAAGGUCCAGCUAUAAUGUUUUGGUGAUCGGGUGAAGUUACAACGGGGAACUCAUCGCUAAACAUCUCUUCUUACAAAGGAAGCCUUUUGUAGAAUUUCAUGUAAGGAACAGUCUCUUAGGCCUGCGAUUGCUUUCCCCCCAAGCUUGUUUCAGAUGCCAUUCAAACAACAACAGUGGUCGUGAUCGCAUAAGUUAUCAGGUUCCCUGGGUUUCAGAGAGCUUUGCUGUGAAGGAACCUGUUAGUCACAUUAUCGUGGCUGGUAAUUGGUUAUGACAUUAUCAAAUUGUAGCUUCCUCAAUUGCCAGGUUCCUCAUUGGUGCAUUCCUCAGGUCCUAUCAGUGGAUUUAUGACGAGGGACCAAGUGACUGGGAUCCGAGUUUAGAUGUUAUACUAUUUUGGAUUUAUAGAUGGUCAAGUGUCAGUUUAUCACUGUAUUACUGGAGGUGUCAUGAUGGACGUGUUGUUGUCUUGUUAUAGUUUUUGGACCUCAUCACAACAUUCCUAAAAAGCUGACUGAAAGUAGAUCAGGGCUAUUUUCCAUUCAAGGAAUGAGAAACAAAGAAAUCAAAAGAAAGAUGAUUAUUUUACUUUUUCUUAACACUUCAUUCUUGAUAUAAUAACGAUCUUAUCUUAUCAAUAAUAGCCUUGUGGCUGCAGAGGAGACCAAUUACAUCCAUCACUAGAGUCUGUUCCUACUUAGUUAAUGUUUGGCCGCCAUUGUGUGCCAGCAGCCACAUCAAACAGAAGAUCGGGUGAAAAAGUGUGAAAUUGUGUAAGUCUCAAUACAUGUGGACAUUUAGCUUUCAUGGCCUCUGGAAACCUCUCCAUAGCAAAAGACCUCAGUACCGAUGCAAGACAGUGUGGUCAAAAACUCUCUACUUACAAAUCACACAAGUGGGAUCUUUCAUGACCGAAUAGUUAGGUACUUGGCUUAAUGUCUCAUCCAAAGAAUCGUACCUCCUACAGCACAGUGUACCUGGUCACCAUCUUGCAGCGGUAGUUUGUAAAUUGUGAUGCAGAGGAAAGAGUCAAGCUUACUGGUCCACCAACAUCCCUGCAACAUACUGUAGCAGCAGAAGUCCAGUUUUCCUAAAAGGUCUACCAUGCCUGUACUUUGCAGGUCCAACUUUGCUAAGGUUCUGAGAAGUGUUGAAAUCGGGCUACAGGAUGUAACUCCAUUAGUAGCAAAUGGUUCUUUUUAAGUUCUAUUUGAUAUGACAGGGAACUGUUUGGUUGGGAAUUUAGCUGUAACAUCUCUGAUUGGUUGUCUAAAAAAAUACGUAUUUCUAAAUGAUAAAAUCUGGGAACCUAUUUUGUACUUGAGGCUAGAUUGAGGUUUGUGAAACAAAUUAACAUACAGAAAAAGUUCUAUAUGACACUAGAGGGCACUGAAGUACUGUAUCCCCACACUAUAAACAAGCACAUUUCUGUAGCAGAUCUGUUCUCUUUAAUAUAUUAAGGGAGGCUAAGCAUUAAAAGCAUAAGUUAUUCUUAGACCCAUUCUGCUUGGAAUGCAGAAUACCUUAGGACAUUUGAUAUAAUUUGACUUUACAAUAAGAAGUACUUAACAAACAAAUGCAUUAGAAAGCAUAUUAAUUAAUUUAGCUGACUGACACUUUAAUCAAAAGUGACUUACAUUUCUGCCCAUUAAUACAGUUGUGAGUUACCUGCAGCAGUCUUAGUGAAGUAUAUGACUUUAUGGCUGGAAAUGUUUUGAACCUAUUGUACUUGCCAGAUGUAAAAAAAGUUUCAAACUCAGAUUACAUACCAAAAAAUAAGAUGUUCUCAAUGCAUGUUUGGGAUAAUCUUUAAUUCUGUCUGUGUCUAGUCUUUUAUCCAUAUUGUUGUGUUUUAUUGUGAUUUGCUUCUUAGUAAUCUUUUAUUUUUUUAAAUAAAGAGCAUUAUUAAAAAGGAAUAUGCUAGGAAAGCAAUCACAGAAAUCUCUAUUGGGUUCCUUCUUUUGCUGUCAGAAAUGUUUUAAACUAUGUGUAUGUAUUAGGAAAGACAGUAGAAGGCAUUUCAUUUUAGUCUACGAAAGAAAGAGUCGUAGGAAGGGAAGGGUAAUUUAUACUGUACUGUGUAUACAGUACAGUAUAGUCUAUACACAGAAUUGAUGGUAUGACAGUUCGUAUUGUGGCUUCAUACCUCUUGAUCUUGUACUGUGGUGUCUUCUGUGUGGGAUGUGCAUGUUCUUGUGUCCAUAUAGUGUAAUAUUCUAGGUCCAACUCUUUACUUCUGCAAUUAAAAGAUUAGUUGAAUUAGUGUUUCUAGAUUCUCAUUGUGUACUUGUUUGUGUCUGUUGCAAUAUACUGGCUAAGAUGCAAGACCUACUCUGCACCCUGUGCUUCAAGCAUAGGAUUAAAGUUGCCACAUCUCUUACCAGAAAUAAGUAGCUUUACACCUACUGUACCUGUACCUGUAUUUACUUUGUGAUAGUGAUCCCCUGUAUAAAAUAAUACAGUAACUCAGUUUUUUAAAGCACUGUAUUUUGCUUUUCUGUUAUCCACCUAUUCUAUUCUAUUAUCUUCAUUGGAUGUAAAUCCAAGAGGCCACAGCUGGAAGCUCAGUAACAUAUUCUCUUCUCACUGAUGCCAUAGGCAAAUAAUCACAUGUACUGUAUUCUUAAAUAACAGGAUGGCAGAGCAAAAAUAAUGAGUCUGCAUGUUUCAUUCAUUCCAUGUUUUUUUUGUUGUUGUUGUGAUUGAUAAUUAUGAGUUGUCCCAAAACCUUUAAAAAUUUCCAAAAGUCAUUUUUGGUAACUCAGCCACGCAACAAGAUAAAAUGCAUUAUAUUUCCCACAUAAAUGAGUGUAACACCACAUACAGUAAUUAACUACGAUCUGGGUGUUUCAGAGUGUGAUGUCUCUUCUGGAAACAAAGUUACUUUUCAAUAAACACUGUACCUGUCUAAAAAAAAUAA